AUGGAACACGCACACUUGUACAAUGCACAAGGUUUGUACAAUGACCGAGACUUGAUGAAGAAAGCUCUGGCAUAUAUUUCGGAAAAUGCCAAAGCAGUUUUAAAAUCUGACAGUUUCUGUGAUCUCUGUCACGACUGUUUUGUGAAGGUUAUAGAGGCAGAUCAACUCAAAGCCGACGAGGAGUCUGUUUUUGAAGCUUCCAUCGCCUGGAGCGAGGCAGAGUGCAGACGACAAGGAAGGGAGGUAACUCCAGAAAACAGACGCAGCGUUAUUGGUGAUAGUGUGCAUCUGGUUCGGUAUUCUACAAUUAACCCGAAAUAUUUUGUGCAGAAAGUAUCGCUGUCAAGUUUGCUGACGGAAGCUGAAGAAAACAAGAUCCUCAGAUCUUUCAUCAUUCAAAACCAAGAUGUUUCACCAUUUAAAUCAAAUUACAGACUCGGUACACAAAAAACAAAAGUUGCAAUUAACAGAUUUGAUAACAUAUCCCAUGUAAAACAAACGUGUUACAUUGUGAAAGAAAAUACUGUUUCAGAAAAAGGACACUAUGUGAAACAAAAGUGUCGGUGUCCCUGCAUCUUUUACGAAGGAAUAACGUUUGGUUUGAACGCCAGCGCAGAACUACAAGGGUUUCAGUUGUAUAGCUGCUUGAAGUCUUCGGAUCCUUCUUCUGUGACGUACUCCGUCACGGCCUCUGUAUGUGAUGCUUCAACGGAUGACGUAAUACCUGGUUCAGCAAUAAAAAAGGAGAUUUCGUCCAGUAAUGUCAUCUAUGAAGUAGACUUCCCCAGUGCCAUCCAGCUUACUCGCGACAGAAAGUACAAUUUGACUGUGACAAUUACAAUGCCGCAUCAACAAUUCGGUUACAGCGAUGCAAUACAACGUUUCCAGGGUGCAGAAGGAAAAUCAGUUGUAAGCCACGGAUCGUUUACGUGUUCGUUCUAUGACUAUAAGAAAUGCAAACAUCUUAAAGGAGCAAAUCAUACUACUGUUCAAACUGGAGAGAUACCGGGUUUAAAAUUCGUGCUCUAA